GAGGACCCACUAACUGCAUUUUCCAUGAGCCCCCAAGUGACUAAACAGGCCCCUGUUAGUAAGCAGUGGUGUGAAGUAGAGGCGGAAGAUGAGGAUCGUGGUAGUUGCCGUCUUGUGACACUCGUCUUGGGAAUGCGACAACAGCCUCAUCUGGACUUUUCGAGGAGAAGGAGGAGGAGGAAUGACUGUUACGUUCCCGUAUCCACUAUUAUUGUGCUUUCGCACUUCGCAGCAGCCUGCCUGCUCGCUUUGUUUUGAACUCUGCAAACAGCUUGACGAAAGUCGCUGUCUCAGGCAUCUUCGGGGAGGGCGGCUACGAACCGCGAGCUCGUCGUGUUGUCUCGAUGUCUAAACAUGGCAAAGCGGUGAAAUAAGAAGCACCCCCAUCCCUGCUGUCAUGGAGGUGGGCAGCCUCCCAGUAGAGCUGUGGAGGGUUAUCUUAGCCUACCUGCCUCUCGCCGACCUGGGCCGCUGCUGCCAGGUGUGCCGCGCCUGGAGGGAGCUUGUCCUCUCUCUUGAUAACACCCGGUGGAGGCAGCUGUGCCUCUGCUGCCCCGAGUGCCGACACCCCAACUGGCCAAGCAAGCCUCAACUGGAACCCCCGUCUUGGAGGGAGGCCCUCAAGCAGCACGCCCUGGCCACCCGCACCUGGACUCAAAACGGACCCGAGCACCAGCCAACAGCUUGUCUCCUUUUAUUCAAGCGCCGGAAAGACCGCAAAGUUUGGCAUGUGGGGCCCGGGUUUGAGUUUGAGACCCUGCGAGGAGCUCUUGGUGUGGCGGGGCCUUAUGACCGAUUGGUUCUCCAUCCAGGGGUGUAUGAAGAGCAGGCUGAGGUGGCCCUCAAGGUGCCCGUGGAGCUGGUUGGACAGGGCAGGCUGGGUGAGGUGGCCCUCUUGGUGUGUAUGGAGCAGCAGUGCCCUACUGCCAGGCUGUGUAAUCUGGUUUUCAUGCCGCCCUGGUUCUCCACCGUGGUCUAUAAGACAUCAUGGGGUCAUGUGCAAUUGGAUAACUGCAACUUUGAGGGGGCUCAGCUGCAAGUCCGCGGGCCCGGGACUUGCCAGGCACGCUUUUGCUCCUUCUCAAAGGGGAGCUCAGUACAUUUGCUCAGUGUGGCCCUCAGCUUACUAGACAGCUGUGACUUCUCCGGGAGCGAUGCCGCUUCUGUAACAGUGGAAGGUUCACCCGUGUCUGAAAAGAACUGGGCUUGCAAAUAUAUGGCUGCCCUGGCCAGGACAUUCUCACCGUGUGAGAGCAAUAACAGCAGCCCUCACAGAGGGAACUCCACUGGUGGACCUUGUUCUGAUGCUACUGUUAAAAAGGGGCACACAAGUAUGGAGAACUGGAAGCAGGAAAAUGGAUCGGAAGCAGUUGAUCAGGGCACAGUGAUUGAAGAUGGAUGGCGUGUGGGUGAGGAUGACAGCAACAGAGAAGGAGGAAUCACCCAAAAAACAUUUUCACCGGAUUAUAAAAUCCCAUGUGACAACCAUGGACUGGCCUAUUUACUGAAGGCCCGUGCAGAUGGCUCUUUGCCACCUGCCUCCUCCCCGCAUCCCCCACGCGUGAUUCCGGAACCCCUCACCCUACAGCAGGAACUAGAGAGGGACCCAGAUGCUCAGAUGUUUGUGGCGUCCACUCUAGGCUGCCUCGUCCGGCGUUGUCUCUUCAGGGACGGGAAGGGAGGAGUCCAUAUGUCUAAUUACGGACAAGCUCGACUGGAAGGCAACGUUUUCCGUUGUCUGAACUAUGCUGUCAGAUGCAUCCAGAACUCCAUUAUAGUGAUGCUGCGAAACGAAGUGUGUGAGUGCAGAGCAUCAGGCGUUUUCCUGCGGCUGUCGGCUCAGGGCCUCAUCGCUGAAAAUGACAUCCACUCAAACGGGGAGGCAGGGUUGGACAUCAGGAAAGGAGCCAACCCAAUCAUUGUGUGUAACAGAAUACACAGUGGCUUGCGCUCUGGGGUUGUUGUGCUUGGCAAUGGAAAGGGCUCACUUCGGAGCAACCGGAUCUAUAACAACAAGGAAGCAGGCGUGUAUAUCCUCUUCAGUGGGAACCCUGUGGUCUGUGGGAACCACAUCUUCCAAGGGCAGGCAGCAGGAAUUGCUAUAAAUGAGAAUGGCAGAGGGAUGGUAAUGGAGAAUGUCAUCAAGGAAAAUCAGUGGGGAGGUGUGGACAUCCGCAGAGGAGGCGACCCAGUCCUGAGGAAUAACUACAUCUGUCAUGGAUACUCUGAUGGCAUUGUUGUGGGAGAGCGUGGCCGGGGACUCAUUGAGGGAAACCAUGUCUACUGUAACAAAGGUUGCGGUGUGUGGGUUAUGUCAUCCAGCCUCCCGCAGCUCCUUGGAAACUACAUCACCCAUAACUGCAUGUACGGCCUGGCUGUGUUCUGUAGGAAGGACCCCGAGAACAUAGAAGCCAGGGAGGGGAACUGGCUGGCACAUGACGGGAUCGGUGGAGACAACAGCGGUGACAGGAGGGGCAUAAUAGAAGAUGAUGCUAGGGAAGAGCAGGAAAAUUUACAUGAGGAAGGAGAACUCUUUGCAUGGGAGAGCGACCUUGACAGUGAGGAUGAACGGCACUCAGCACGCCGCUCCAUCAGUGUGGCGCUGGUGGAAAGCAACUGCAUGAGCUUCAAUGGAGCUGUCGGUCUGUAUGUUAAAACCAGUGAGCCACUCAACGUUUAUGCCAACCUCGUCAACCGUAACAGGGGUGAUGGCGUCGCCGUGCUACAGAGUAAUCAUCUGACCCGCCUGGUUGCCAACUGCAUUCUUGCAAAUGUACGAGGGGGCGUUACAGUGGAGAAAGAGUCCCGUGCGGAGCUUCGCAGUAACGGUAUAUAUGAAAACAACGGCCACGGCAUCAACUUCACAGGGAUCGGACAGAUGGUAGAGAACGAUGUGGUUGGAAACUGUGGCUACGGGAUCCAAGUGUCUGGAUGUGGUGAUGUCAAGGUGCUGCGCAACCGUGUCCAACCGGCAUCAGGUUGUGGCAUCUCAAUUCUGGGAGCAGUAAAAGCGGUGGUCACUGAUAACCAGCUGUUCCAGGGCCACCCAGAUAGCAAAAAAAGCCUUUUAUACUUGGACCCUGGCAACGAGAGCUGUGUGUUACGCAACAACAGUAUUUCAAGACAUAAUAGCAGCUGUACAUAUGUCUCUCCUUGGAUUCUGGAAAACCCUCCCCCCCGUCCACCGGCCAGCUUACCUUCGGGGCUCUCCUCCCAGUACCCUUCACGGCUGGGAAUCUCCAUGACGACCAGAAUCAGUGCCACUGUGGAGAGCGGUUGCCACAGUGGCAGCAUGUUCUGUUCAAUCCUGUGAUAAAACUAAGAAGCACUUAAACAUAAACAUUGAAAGAUGACCUUGCCAGAAGUGAAAGUAGACAUCAUCACUGCCUUCUGCAACUGCGCUCUUUGGGUUGAAUGUAUCCAAAAGGAAUAUUAGAAAUCUGGUUCACACAAAGUGGAAUUUUAGACUGGUGGGUCAAAAAGAUUUUU